AUGGGAACUUGCACAUCAACUGCAAGACAUCGACAGAAGUUGCAACAGCAUCAACGGCCUGAUCGACCAUUAUCAAAAGGCUCAAUUGUACUUGAUAUUGAUUCACCUCCACCAUUACCACCACUACCAUUAACUGCAUUUCCUAAUCAACAACUUCAACAUCCUCAAUCUUUAUUUAUAGACUGUGACCUUUUAUCAUCGGCAUUAAUAAAACCUAUCUUUCAUCAAACAGAUACGAACAGUUUGAUACAAUUAUACUCUUCUUAUACGAACAUAAAUAAUAACAACAACAACAACAACAACAACUACAACAACUACAAUAACUAUAAUAACAACAAUAAUAAUAAUAAUAAUAACAAUAAUAACAACUCGAAUAUUAACAAUAGAAUGUCUUCAUCAUCUAUAACAUAUGUUCCACCUCGAAUCCCGGUACCAAAAACUCGACUACCUGUUUAUCAUCCACCACAAUCACAACAAGUAACAGCAACAGCAACAGUAACUCUCAGGCCAAAAGAUGUGAUAUCAGUUGUUACUCCCAAUAAUCCUACAAGUUCCAUAAGACCACCAAUGUCGAUUACAAAUCGUGCACCACCACCGACUACAAUGCAAACUCGUUUUGGUUUUAUACCACGACCAACAAUACCAACAGUACAACAAGUUCCACCAUCGACAUACGUAUCACGUAGUCGUUCAAUUAGUCCAACAUCAACUACCAGUGCAAAUUCUUCAUCAUCAUCCUUACAUAAUUCUCAACGUUUAGCAAAAACUCAAACAACGAUAAAAACAACACCAAAUCGUUCGAUCCCAUCUUCUUCAACAAUAAAUGAUACUUCGAAAUCUAAAAUAUUAAUAUCUCCUCGUCCUCGAGAUACAUCAGUAUCAAAAUCAAAUAUUAAAACAAAUUUUCAAGCUCCAACAGCAACUAGUCUAAUGCGGUCAAGAACACCAUCACGAACUUCAACUGCAUCUCCAACAUCAUCUGUUGCUUCUUCACUUCCUUCUUCUUCAGCUCCAUCAUCAUCAUUAUCACAUCCAACAACGGUGACAUCAACAUCAUCAACAGCAACAAAAAGUGAUGUCAGUGCUAUACGUGAUCGUUAUAGAACACAACAACGUAUGAAUUUCUUUACACGUCGUACACCAAUAUCAACAGCGAAUGGCUCACCUGUAGCUAGUUCGAUUAAAUCAUCUGAACCAUUAAUUGCUAGUAGAGAAAAAAAACAAGCGUUAUCGAAACCUUCAUCUACAAAUAAUGCAAAUAAUAAUUCAAAAUCAAUAACACCUCCACAAAUAAUUUCACCUCCAGCUGAUUUAGUCUACGCACAAGUAUCAUCGCCUUCCAAUCAUCCACCAUCUGCACAUCUUUCUCAGAGUAAUAAACAUCGGCAACGAGCCACAAGCAUGCUAUCUUCUUCAUCAACUAUAUCGAAUGUACUCAAUCAAGAUGCAUUACUUGAAGAUGAUAAUUGUAGUCUGAAAUCAGAUGAUUUAAUGUGUGAUUAUGAUGAUACACUCACCAUUGAUUCUCUUAGUAAAAAUGAUCGAACAGAUUCAUGUUCAUCAACAUCAAUAACAACAGAAUCAAAUAAAAAAAGUCAACCACCGACGACCAUACCUACUACUUCAAUAAAAUCAAAUAAUCUUCAUCAUCAAUCUACAUCAAAAGAACAACGAUCAUCGAAUGUAACUAAAUGUUCAACAGCAACGACGAAUGAUAAAACAAAUGGUAAUUUACGUGAAUCACUUGAUGAAUUAAAUCGAUUAAGUAAUCGAAUGGAGAAUGGUAUUGAUAGUGAACACAAUCGAUUACCGUCACGUCCAGUGUCAUUAAAACCACCAUUAAAUUAUUUACCACCACUUGAAGAUGCUGAACAAAUAACAAUGGAUGUUGAAUCAUAUCGACAAGUUAUGAAAGAUGUUAUGGUUGUUAAAACAGUUCUACAUCAACUUGAUCGAUUACUUAAACAUUCCGAUGGUGCUAAUAUGACAGAUUCAAUGAUUGGUUCAUUUCAUGAAUUUCAUGAUUCUGUAAUUAAUGCAAGACGUUAUUCAACGUGUACUAUUGAUGGAAAUCUACGUAAUUCAAUCGAUGAAAAUUCAUCUUAUGAUGAUUUACUCAAAGAAAUUAUAUCAUUACGUAAAGAAAAAGAACAAGAUAAACAAACAAUUAAAUUAUUACAAGAACAAAUGUAUAAAUAUUCCAGUCAAACAAAUACUUGA